GCGGACGAAAUUAAAAAGCUGGUUGGAGACAGGUCAUCCUUCCGCACUAAUGGUCCCACCCUCGCAGGAAUAAAGUGCAUGAUGCUCAGAGACCAGAUGGACAUGGAACAGGUCUACAGCUUGGACCUGAAGACAUCCAAGAUCGACGGCCACGCCUACUCAAUAUGUGUCGGCAAGAGCCUCACUGCUUUAGUCAUAGCUCAGGGGACAAAAGACGCCCAGGGGGGUCAGCUGGUCUCCAAGGUGUUCGGCAUCGUUGAUUACCUGCGAAAAGCCAAUAUGUGAGACAGGACGGCCGCCCUCCCCCCGUACCCUCCAAACGAGAUCCACCCCAGCCUCCCUCUGCGUAUCGACUCAAGAAGAUGGCCGCUGUCCCAAGCUUGUUUAGUUUUUUAUAAUGUGUGCCAUCAGGGAUGAAUAAAGUGUUUAAAGUGUUAGUGAGCGAGGAGCUCAGUGGUUGGCUCACAGAACCAGAGUUACAGUUGUUACAGUGCAAGAGACUGCGUCCAGUCCCAGUCCGAGGAAAUAAAACAGCAAUAUGUUUAUUCUCAAA